AUUCCUUCUAAUAGUAGAAGGACCUUAUUAUUUUGCAUGACAACCAUGAUCCAAUGGGCCAACCCCACUUUGACCACUCGCGCGCGUGAAUCAGAAAGGCCAAAAACCCUCACCAAACCCUCUCCCAAGCCCCAGCUGUACAAACUACAAAAUAUAAAUCCCCCAAGUAGAUCUCCGCAGUCCGCUCCCAAAUCUCUCCACUCCCUAUCCCCCAUUUCCCGGCCGCCGCCAAUAGCCGGAACCACCACCUUCUUUCCAAAAUGGCUACCUCCACCACCAGCCUCAACGUCCCAUCUCUCAACCCCAAACUCUCCUCCUCCCUCUCCAUCUCCUCCACCCCGCAAUUCUCGGUUUCCUCCCUCAACCUUCGCACCCACGGCCGCGGAACCCGCCGCUUCAUCGUCCUCGCCACCGCGGGGCUCGACGCCAAGCCCACCGUCCUGGUGGCCGAGAAGCUCGGGGCGGCAGGGCUUGAUCUCCUCAAGGAGUUCGCCAACGUGGAUUGCUCCUACAACCUUUCCCCUGAAGAGCUCAACACCAAGAUCUCGCUCUGCGAUGCCCUGAUCGUGCGCAGCGGGACCAAAGUGAGCCGGGAGGUCUUCGAAUCUUCCGGCGGGAGGUUGAAGGUCGUCGGCAGGGCUGGCGUUGGGAUUGAUAAUGUUGAUCUGGCUGCCGCCACGGAGCAUGGGUGUUUGGUGGUCAAUGCUCCCACGGCCAACACUGUUGCGGCGGCGGAGCAUGGGAUUGCUCUCUUGGCUGCUAUGGCGAGGAAUGUCGCUCAAGCGGAUGCCUCCGUUAAAGCCGGGAAGUGGCUGAGGAACAAGUAUGUGGGUGUCUCCCUUGUUGGGAAAACACUUGCAGUCAUGGGAUUCGGGAAAGUUGGAACAGAAGUGGCUAGGCGUGCCAAGGGGCUUGGAAUGCACGUGAUUGCACACGAUCCCUAUGCACCUGCAGACCGUGCUCGUGCUAUUGGUGUAGAGCUAGUGACCUUUGACGAAGCCAUAGCAACUGCAGAUUUCAUUUCGCUGCACAUGCCUCUCACCCCUACAACAUCAAAGAUGCUUAAUGAUGAAACUUUUGGAAAGAUGAAGAAGGGUGUUAGAAUUGUCAAUGUGGCCCGUGGUGGUGUGAUUGAUGAAGAAGCUUUGGUGAGGGCAUUGGACUCUGGAAUUGUUGCACAGGCGGCACUUGAUGUCUUUACAAAGGAACCCCCAUCACCUGAAAGCAAAUUGGUGCAGCAUGAGAAUGUGAUUGUGACACCUCAUCUUGGAGCUAGUACUGUUGAAGCUCAGGAAGGGGUGGCUAUUGAGAUAGCUGAAGCUGUUGUUGGGGCAUUGAAGGGCGAGCUUGCUGCUACGGCAGUCAAUGCACCAAUGGUGCCUGCCGAGGUGCUGUCAGAGCUGAAACCAUAUGUUAUACUCGCUGAGAAACUCGGUCGGUUGGCUGUCCAGCUAGUAACCGGAGGAAGCGGUGUGAAAUCCGUGAAAGUCACAUAUGCUUCAGCUAGAGCCCCCGAUGACCUUGACACAAGGGUACUGCGUGCCAUGAUCACCAAGGGCAUCAUCGAGCCCAUAUCUAGUGUAUUCGUUAACUUGGUCAAUGCAGACUUCGCCGCCAAACAAAGAGGUGUGAGAAUCACUGAGGAGCGCAUCGUUCUAGAUGGAUCUCCCGAGGCACCACUGGAAUCCAUCCAGGUCCAAAUUGCCAAUGUGGAAUCCAAGUUCGCCAGUGCUAUUUCUGAUACCGGAGAGAUCAGGGUGGAGGGACGUGUGAAGGACGGGGUCCCACAUCUGACUAGGGUGGGGUCUUUUGAGGUCGAUGUCAGCUUGGAAGGCAGCAUUAUACUUUGCCGUCAGGUGGAUCAGCCUGGUAUGAUCGGGAAAGUGGGAAGCAUACUGGGCCAGGAGAAUGUGAAUGUCAGUUUCAUGAGCGUUGGUAGGAUAGCUCCUAGAAAGCAAGCUGUGAUGGCAAUUGGUGUCGAUGACCAGCCGAGCAAACAGAGUCUGCAGAGGAUCGGUGAAAUCCCGGCUAUUGAGGAAUUUGUUUUCCUCAAGUUAUAAUUAGCUUUUGGGAUGAUGAAAUUUAUGACAGUUUUGUUCCUGGGUUGUUUAUUGUUCGUAGUCAGACGGAUUUGGGUCUCGAGUAUGAUUUGAUUGCAUCCAUUUGCGUUCUGGUUUGCUUUGUAGUUGGUUUCCGAGGUUUAGAGCAUGUACUUUUUGUCGAGGCAAUCCUCUCGCUGUUAGUUUCCUAAUUUUCCCUUCAGAAGAAGAAGCGUCGCUUUCUUGGCUAGCCUUCUCUUUGAAAAUCUUCUGUUUGAAUAAGCGAUAAAUGGUUCC